AUGAUCGACCGUGAGGCAAAGUCUACAACAAUGCAACCAGCCACUUUACAAGGCCGAGGAGACCCAGAGGGGUCUGCUGUGUUUUCCAAUUGUGCUGUAGAAGCAGAAACAUCUCGAGAGAAAUUGCGACAAGAAAGCGAGCACUACACACAGGCUGUCACUGUGCGGGUGUCAGCUCGACGGACUAAAACGACGACGAGAUGGUCUACAUCUAUGGCUGGUGGACGACACCGAAUGUCAAAAGUAGCAGAAAUUCAACGACCAAGGGGCUCUGUCGGAUUGGCAGUGACGCCACCUAAUUGUCCGAUCUCGAACGCCGCGCAAAACAUAACCUUCGACAUGUUGGAACUACAUUUUGAGAGGCCAUUGCAUGAAGCAGCCGAUAGCUUCUGUGUGUGCACGACUCUACUGAAAAAGAUAUGUCGACGGAAUGGUAUCAACAACUGGCCGUAUCGGAAGAUCUGCGGACUCCGCAAGAGCAUUGCAUCCAUGACCAAGCAAGUGAACUACCUCGAUGGAGACCAAAGACGCGCUUACGCAGCUCAAUUGUUACAACUCGAGUACAAGCUACAGGCAUAUCCACGCACAGGAAGCGAGCCCACGGAAGAGCUCUUCCAGAAAUUAGACGCAGAGGCGGCUGUUGCAGAGCAGCUCGUGAAGAAGACAAUCGAAACAAGCAACGAAGACGAGGAAAAAGAAGCGCAGGACUUUCGUUCGCGUGAGCUACUGCCAGAAAAUGCACCAGGGUUCUUAAUCGCUGCUACUCAUCACCGAGCACUUCCGUCUAUUGCGUCGAUACUACAGCACCAAAACUAUGACAGCCCGAGUCGUGUAGCAUCAACGCAGCGUGCGAGUACAACUGCACCUGAUGAUCGGUACUAUGAAAGGGAUGAACGUCAACAACCGCAAUGGCGAUACUUUCCUCCGACCAACGAUGAUGCCUCAUGA